AUGAAACUCUCCAUUGCCACCAUCAUUGGUGUACUGCUUCUCUCUACACUUCUCUUCAUGAGUGUGAACUUUGGUAAAGCAGACUUGAACAAUUAUGUUCCUCCACCACCUCCUCCUCCAAAACCAACUUGUACUCCUCGUCCUCCUCCAGAACCAACUGUUGGUGUUCCUCCUCCAAAUCCAACACCGAUCGAUGUCUAUGUUCCUACAAGUGCCAACUGUCAAACUGCAUUCUCUACCAUUACGUCAUACACAUUUAACACAGCAGUAUUGGCUGAAUAUAGACAAUGUCGAUCCUUGUUGGUUUGUUUGAAUCGAUGGAUUGAAUUAUUGUUGCAAUUAGUAUUGGCUGGUCUCACUCCAGGUGCCACUUUUUCCAAUACUCUUAAUCCAGUGGUUUUAGAAUUGAAUACUGCAUUUGGUUAUGUGAAUACCAAUUUAGGUGGAAUUUUAACUGAGAGUGGAACUACGGUUGUUCCAAGACCUACUCCUCCUGGUGUGUGUACUGCCAUCUUUGCUCCAGUGUUGGCAGCUGACGGAAAUAUUUAUUCAAGUGAAUGUGUUGCUUUCAAUGCUGGUGCUCCAAAUCCAUACGUGAGUGUGACUAUCAAUUCAGCCUCAGGAAGCAAUGGAUAUACUUUGGCAGAUGUCACCAAUCCACGAGUAGCAUUGACAACUCUCUAUGCUAAAUAUGUUGUCAAAAUUUUAGGUUUCAUUCAAACGUAUUUAAGUGAAUGUGAAUUGAGUACAGAAGUAAGAGUCUACUCGAAUGGUCUCACUUCCAUGAAUAAUGCCUUGACGAAUAUUGCGUCUGCCGAUUACAAUGCUGCCAAAAAUCAAGUCAUUGAAUUUUCUAGAAAUGUUUAA